AUGUCCAGAUCUGGAUUCUCGGUGCGUGAGAUCCUGGACCUCCCGGACUCGGACCAGAUUUCCAGGACUCCCGGUGUGAGACCAGGGCCCAGCGGAGCUCAGCCGCCCAGAGGAGAGGCCUCGAACAAGGAUGCAGAUCAGCGCAGAGGCCCCUGGGACCUCCAGCCGCUCUCAGAGUGCACGCUGGAGCAGCCGUCAGCCCUGUCUGCACAUAGGGGUUUCUCUGGUCAUCACCCAGGUCUCUCUCACCCUGGUCACAUGGGUCAGACACUAAAGUCCCGCGGGAGGAAGCGGCGUGUGCUGUUCUCCAAGGCGCAGACGCAGGCGCUGGAGCGGCGCUUCAAACAGCAGCGGUAUCUGUCUGCGCCGGAGCGAGAGCAGCUGGCGGCUCUGAUCCAACUCACUCCGAACCAGGUCAAGAUCUGGUUCCAGAACCAUCGCUACAAACUCAAGCGCGCCUGCUCGGAGCGUGGCCCUGAGGCGCUGCAGCUGCUGCCGGUGCGGCGCCUGCAGCUGAAGCCAUGUGAGCGACUGCUGUGUGUGUCUGCGCUGCUGCCGCCGGAAGCACACGCCGCACUGACACAACACGCAGCCCUGCAGCACCUGCUGCACUGGGGCUGGUGA